UUUCUAACGGUAAAAUAGUUGAAAGUGUUGACAUAUAGCUUAGAAAUUCUAAAUAAAGAUACUCACGUGCAUCUUUUUCUAAAAUUUCAAUAAAAAUUGGGCCAAUAUGAUUGUGUCUUAUCUCAACUUUGUGCUACCAGCCAUCUUUGCGUCUUUGUUUACUGUCGUAGUAUUCUUUUAUUUUUACACCAGACGAAAUUUCGGGUAUUGGAAGAAGCGAAAUGUCCCAACGGUCUGGCCUCCCCGUGCUUUUUUUGGCAACUUUGGUCCUUGCCUAUUCAUGCAACAAUCAGCCGAGAGUUUUUUUCACGAAUUGUAUAAAGCUGCAGAUGGCGAACUUUUAGUCGGCUACUGGGUUUUUGACAAACCUCAUGUAAUGAUACGUGACCCGGAAUUAAUAAAACACGUGCUAGUGAAAGAUUUCGAUAAAUUUUCUGACAGACUGAUAAGUUCUUCUAAGAGCGAUGCAAUGGGCAAUAACAAUAUGUUCUUACUGAAAGAACCAGCAUGGAAACCAUUGAGACAAACAAUGUCUAAAUUUUUCACGUCAGGAAAAAUGAAAAAAGUAUUCGAACGAAUGCCGGAUGUUGCCGCAGAUUUAGACAACUAUCUCGAUAAUUUAGGAUUAAAAGAUGAGGAUUGCGUGAUCGACAUAACAGAAAUGUGCUAUAAAUUUGCCCUUGAUUUAAUUGGUGUUACGACGUAUGGUAUAAAUAUGAAUUCUUUGACGAUACCAGAUGCUCAAUUUCGCGAAAAAGGACGUAUCGUCUUUAGUACAUCUCCAUCGAGACAUUUUGAAAAUUUAUGCAUGUUUUUUUAUCCACCACUGACACUACAGUUGAAAAAUUCAAAAACAGAUUUUUUAGAUUUACUGGUCGAUUUGAAGAAUAAAGAAAUUUCAUCAUUUUCUCAUAAGACUGAUUUUAGCGAUAAUGAACUCGUAGCUCAGGCAGCAAUUUUUUAUACCGCUGGUUUUGGCACGACAUCGACGACCAUCAUGUUCGCGCUCUAUGAAUUGUCAAAGCAACCUGAGAUACAAAUUAAACUGCAGCGAGAAAUUCAAAGCGCUCUGAAUUUAAGUCAAAAUAAAUGCUUAUCAUACGAUAUGGUUCAAGCUCUUCCUUACCUGGACGCUGUUGUUUGGGAAACACUGAGAAUAUAUCCUACGGUCAUGAGUUUGGACAGAAUUUCGAUGGAUAGUUAUCGAUUUCCUGGCACUAACAUAACUAUUGAUAAAGGUACGCCUGUGUCGAUACCACUGCGCGCACUUCAAAUGGAUUCAAGAUAUUUUGCCAACCCGGAUAAAUUUAAUCCAGAUAAUUUCUAUGGUCCAAGUAAUAAAAGUAACAUAAUAAAGUACACGUUUUUACCGUUUGGCGAUGGACCACAUAUUUGCAUUGGCAUGCGUCUUGGACUUAUGGUUGUUAAAUAUGGUUUAGCAUAUUUAAUGUCAAAGUAUACGGUUGAACAAUGCAAAGAAACAGUACCGAAUAUUGGAUACAAUGUUCGAAGUGUGUUUUUAUCUCCAAGUGAUAGUAUCGUAUUGAAAAUCAAAAAAAUUAAAUAAUAUUCUCAUAAAAUUUCUCAU